GGAGCAGACGAAGGCUUGUUUCUGACCCACUUCAACCUCUUUAACUGCUCCUCUCUUCUCCUAGCUCUUUAGCUCUCUGUCUCUGGGUAUAACUGUCUCAGGAGAAGACUCUUUCCUCAGGCAUCCCUCUGCCUGACAAGAAGAUGAGUCUCGGUGUGUGUCUUCAGCUGGCCUGCGUGUCCCUGGUGCUGCUGUGGGCCCCUGGCUGUCACGCCUCCCCGGUGCUGUUCAACAUGUCCAUGGACGGCAGUGGAGACGGAGCAGAGCUGGAGCUCCUGCUGCCUGUGGCGUCCUCCACCAGAAUCCCCCUCCUGGUCCACCUCAGCCCCACCACCAUCCCUUCCCCUGGGGCAGGGGCUGGAGGUGGAGCUGGGGCUGGAGGAACCGAGGUUCCCACUCUCACCGGCACCAUCACCACCACCAUGAUCCGCCUCAAGGACUUCGUCCUCAGCCGAGUGGUGGACUUCCUUCAGGAGAACCUGCUCAUCAUCAUCGUGGCCACUUCCCUCCUCAUUGUCUUGGUCUUCAUCAUCUGCUGUGCCUCCGCCAUGAGCCACAAGCGCAAGCUGGAGGCCUACAAGCCCCCAGCGAACCCACCCAGGAAGUACACAGACCAGGUCAAGCCCCCCAGCGGGCUCCAGGGCAGGCCGUACGCGGUUGACCACGUUCAGAGGUUCCAGAGCCAGGCUUCCCCCACCCUGCGCACCCCCUCCAAGGCCCUGGUCGGGGACAAGGAGGGCAGGGACAUCAAGCCCAGGCAUCAAGAGGUCAAAAAGGUGAGGGUGGCGGAGGAGGAAGAGGUGGAGGAGAAGAGGAGAGUGGAGUCCAGGCCGAAGGAGCAGGCCAAGAGGAGGGAGGAGGAGCAGCAGAGCUCAGCCGGUCAGCCGGUGGUCUGCACCUGCCACCUCAGGAAGCACUAGUCCCAGGCCUGGGGA